GGAAUCUGGACGUCUCGUUUGUUGCUCGGCUCGAGCAGUCUUGGACUUUUCUCCUCCGCUUGCACGUCAUUUGUAAAUCAGACCUACCUCCCAACAAGAAACACUUAUUACUGACAUCUCUUCAUCUGUGGGUCAUUGUAUUCUCAGUGCGUUGGAUCGAUGGCAGCUUGACUGUUCGGGUUGCCUUCGAAGACGUUUCGCCUUUCAUCCCAGCAGGCUUCAUCGGUUUGUGUUCCAAGACUAGCAGACGGUGCGUCAGUGCGCCAUGCGGAGCCGCUCCUGCUGAAUAUUGACGAGGUUGUGACAUGUUUGGACUGCGUCUGACCGUACUGCUGUGGAUCGGAGGAACAUGCAGCACGCAAGGUGAGGUCGUAUCUUCCGCCACUUUAACCACAGAGGCGGGAGAACCCGUCUUGCUGGGCUGCAAUGUUACGACGGCGACGGGCGACAGCAUCCAUCAGGUGCGCUGGCUCGACAGACACAACAAGCUCCUGCUGGCGUAUGAAGAGAGGGCUGCGGUCCGCAUCAGCCACCGGUCGCCCAACGUGCAGCUGGCCGCCUCCGACAAGGCCUCCAGCUACAUCAGCAUCACCAGGGUGCUGCCCGAGGACGAGGGCUGCUACAGAUGCAUCUUCGAUGUCUUCCCCAAGGGCUCACAAGAAGGCAGCGCGUGCAUCAGGGUGACUGCCAGGGUGCAUCUCCACGGCAAUGAGACGGCUGUGAGCGGGAAGCCAGCCGCCCUGUCCUGCUGGUACAGCCUCCCUGAGCGGGUGCAGCAGGUUCUGUGGAAGAAGACGGCCCAGCGGGGCCACACCGUCACCGUGGCCGCCUUCUCCAAGCAAGGCCACUACAACAUUGAAGAGCCGCUGAAAAGCCGCCUGAGCCUGAGCCGAAGUCUGGGCAACACCCGGCUGGGGUUCCGAGCGGUCGCAAUGGAAGAUGAGGCCUGCUACACCUGCGAGUUCAACACGUACCCAGACGGAACCAGGAGUGCCACUGCUUGCCUUUAUGUUUAUGUGCUACCCGAGGCAAAGACCACCCACGCCACUUCGUCUUCAGGGGUCACCGAGGCCAACUGCACUGCCCGCUCGCGGCCUGCAGCGAAUAUCACGUGGAGAGUCGGCGAGGACAACCAAACUCUAGAAUCGCCGCUCGUUUCCCUCUCCCGCGAGGAGGACGGCACCACGACGGUGACGAGCACGUUGCACCUCCGGCCGGGGGUUCUCACUGAGAUGUCGGUCCAGUGCGUGGUGCACCAUCAGGGACUGGAGAAACCUCUUACAGUGUCCCUCAACACCUUGGUGAGUCCCGUGGUGGUGGUCCUCAUCUGGCUAUGCGGUGUGGUGGCCGUCCUGAUCCUCCUCUGCUUGUGUGUUUAUCUCCGUCUUUCCUCUCGCAGUAAGUGCUUCAGCGGCAAAACGGCCGCAGCUCCUGGCAGGAGAGUAAGACGGGGGCUGGGGGGAACACAUCACAAAGACGUUUUAACGCAAGCUUAGAAAAGGUCAUCUGCUAGGUUACCAAGCUACUUUCCUCACAGACGUGUGGGAGCUUUCUUAUUUGGAAAAUGUGACGUUGGCGGCGCAAUUUAACUUAAAUCAUCCGCCCACACAAGCACACACUUGUCAGAACAGCCUUUAAAAUUCAAGUCCUUUGCUCAAAAAUGUAACAUUGCACUUAAUUAAUGGCUAUUAGACGACACUACAAGAUAGAAGAAGACUUGUGGCCGACCAAAUGACACACACUGCAACUGCUACUCAAACACACAUACAGUGGUGUGAAGUGUUGGCCCCCUUCCUGAUCUCUUAUUGUUUUGCAUGUUUGCCCCACUUCAAUGCUUCACAUCAUCCAACAAAUGUAAAUAUUAGUCAAUGACAACACAACUCAACACUUGAUGCACUUUUUCAAUCUAACUUUUUAUUAUUAAACAAACAUCCAAAGCUACAUGUCCCUGUGUGAAAAAGAGAUUGCCCCUCCCCCCAGUUAAAAUAUAACAGAUGAAUUCAGUGUGGAAAAGGUUAUAGGGUUAUAGUUAAGCCGUUUCUAAAAGCUUUGGGACUCCAGCCAACCACAGUGAGAGCCAUUAUCCACAAAUGGCCGAAACACAGAACAGUGGUGAACCUUCCCAGGAGAGGCCGGCCGACCAAAAUGACCCCAAGAGCGCAGCUACGACUCAUCCGAGAGGUCACAAAAGACCCCACAACAACAUCCAAAGAACAGUGGUCAGUUUUCAUGACUCCACCAUAAGAAAGACACUGGGCAAAAACGGCCUGCAUGGCAGAGUUCCAAGACCAAAACCACUGCUGAACAAAAACAACAUUAAGGCUCGUCUCCAUUUUGCCAGAAAACAUCUUGAUGACCCCAAGACCUUUGGGAAAAUACUCAAAAGUUGAACUGUAAAACAUGGUGGUGGUAGUGUGAUGGUCUUCAGGACGUGGAAGACUUGCUGUGAUCAAUGGAAGCAUGAAUUCUGCUGAAGGAGAAUGUUGGUGACCUCAAGCUGAAAGCAACUUGGGUUCGCAGCAGGACAAUGAUCCAAAACACACCAGCAAGUCCACCUCUGAAUGGCUGAAGACUUUGGAGUGGUCUAGUCCAAGUCCUGACCUGACACCCACACAUCUCUUGAUUUGACACUUAUCGCAACUGAACCAAUAAAGAAAUGUUGUGAGUAAUAAAUAAGAUGCAGUAAAGAAUGAAGCACAAACUCCAACAACGUACAGGACUAAUAUAAAUACAGUAUGUGGUGCUUCUCAACAGGUUUGACUGUGGAAAUGUUUCUGCUCCAAUUACUCAAAUAGCUAAUACACUCCUGAUCGAAAUGUUCAGACCAGUUGGAAAAUAGCAAGAAUGUACAUUUUUCACUGUUUGGCCUUCAGGAGGUUCUAAGAAGAGCCUCGAAAUGCAAAAAGAAGAAACGGCAGGGAGACAAAUGUUUUUUCAGAGGAAGCAAUUUAUUGCAAAGGAACAUGAAAGUGAAAUAGGCUGCUCAUCAGCUGAUCAAAAGUUUAAGACCACAGUCUUUUUAAAAGCCAAAAUCUUGGAAUGACUGGCUUUCUCAACAGGACAACGCAGCACUUCACAAAGAGGAAUAAGCUCACUCUACUGGACUGUCCUGCGUGUUCCCCCGAUUUAAAUCCCAUAGGGAACAUUUGGGGAUGGAUGGCAAGGGAAGUUUACAAAAAUGGAAGCCACCUUCACCACCUGGAGCAACAUUCCCGCUUGCCUCCCAUGAUGUAAACGGGAGGCUGAAAAUGGGUCUUUUGAUGUUUAAUAUGAGUAGGUUUGGUUUUCGAAGUUGCGCAUCAAAUUGCCACUUUUGCAAAUGCAAACGGUGCACAUCUAAAUGGGCUUGAAUGCGGUCAGAGCCUUUUUGAUCAUCACGUAGUGGUUGUGCCCCGAAACAAGCGCAUAGAGCAGGGGCCGCUCGGCAAGCCGUCCAUCGCGAUCCACCAGUUGAUCUUUGAUAUUUUGUGUUCGAUCCCGAAAAUUUGAGGAAAAAUAAAAUCACGUCAACGAGAGCUACCGACAGGCACGCAUUCCAACAUCAACUCGUUCAACAUUCAGGACAUUCAUGCUAGUAGCCACAGAACAAAAAUUCCCACAUUUUUUCUGCCGGAAUGCAAAAUGCCUUUGAUCCAAAGACUUGUGUCUACUUCCACAGUUCUCAGCCCGCUCAGACUGUUCCAACAUCAAAGCAUUCAACUAAUUAAGGACAUUCAUGCUGUUUUCCACAUAUCAACAAUUCCCACUAUUCUUGACAUUCCAAUUUUUUGGAAUGCAAAAUGCCUUUGAUCUAAAAAGUUCUAGCUACGUCCACAUCUCUCAUCCCAAUCAGACCGUUCCAAAGUCAAAAUUCUCAACUCAUUGAGGACAUUUAGCCUUCCCGGUACAUUGCGCUAUCAUGCUGGGUGUUAGCAUGUUAAUGUUAGCACUGCUAGCUUGUUAACAUUAGCAAUCUAAAUAUGUCGAUAAAAUAAAUGUAGGACUAAUAUUUAUGGUGUAACUCACAAUAUGGGGGGAAAACUACAGCACUUGGUGGAGGUCUGCGCUCUCCGAGUGCUUUUCUUGUCUGUUUGUGUUCAAAAUAACUUGAAAAGUUCCAAAUGGAUUUGGUUGAAAUUUUUCGGAGUUGUCUGAAAUGGGAUUUGGAAGAACAGAUUAAAUUUUGGGGGUGAUCAGGAUCACCGUCUGGAUCCAGGAAUUUUUUUCAAGGAUUCUUUAACAUGGCGAGAUAGAACCAUUUUCGGCCACAAAAAAUGGUCAGAGCAAGUGGGAAAAAAUACGGGACAAGUUUCCAACAUGUUCUACAAAAUAUCCAAGGCUGAUCCAGACAACGGAAUCAUUCUGGAUACUACAAUCCAGAAUAUGAAAAAAAAUAGAGGACCUUUGGAAUUUUCAUCCUCGGAAGACAACAAAUGAAGCUAUAAGCAUACAACAACUGCGUUCUAUAAAGCCAAGACACUGUGGAAUCUGUUUUUUUUUUGUAUCUUCUAAAGCUAUGGCGCCAAAUCCAGAAGAAAACCGCCAUGACGGAAAAUGCGACUUAUGUAAAUAAAUACGGAACUAAUAUUGAUAUCAUGAUGAAUCCAAUUGAUUAUCAUAUGUUUUCGUGGGCAAGCGAUCUCAAUAUGUAGAUCAAAUCAAUGUAGGACUAAUGUUUACACUUGGGGGGGAGUAUGGCGCUUGGUGGAGGUCUGUGGUCUCCGGGUGCUUCUCCAGUUAACCUUCUGACGCUUGUAUGAUGGCUGAAAAUGUAAAAACGUUGUUGUGUUCAACCUUGGAGGGCACGCCGUUGUAUGCAUCUUUUCCAUGUGUUUUCUGUCACUUGAAGAAACAUAACAACCUUUUCUUGCCCCGAUGUCCUCCUUUUUUGUCAAUCCUGAGGAAAACGAGUGGUCAUUGUUGACAGCUCGGACAAAAGAGCACGUUUCCUCUGUGGGGAAGAAGAUGGCUGACUGGGGGGGUGGAAAGCUGGAAGUCGGCCCAUGACAACAAUGCCUCCGUCACAUGGGACAGCACACACACACACACACACACACACACAGUAGCAAUAAAAUGUUGUUUUUCAGGCUAAAUGAGUCAAGUCUUUCUUGAAGCGCCACUUCCAGUGACUUGUCUCGGGUUGUCUCUGUUUAGGAUUUGAUUCCAGUCUUUGUAGGUGACGAGGCUAAACACCGACCACACGGUUGGAAUGUUUGUAGAGGCACCUCUCUGCACAAGGGAGUGACCACAUCCUGCCCGGCCUUAAAACACGCAGGCAGGCCCGAGGAAUUUGAAUGUUGCCUGGUGCCACUUUGAAUGUGCUCUUUUUUUAUGACUGAGUGUUAUUGUCUCCCCCCCAGACUGAUGCGGCGCCAUCGCUGCUAUGAGAGAAGACCUGCGAGGAUCUACAAAGAAAUAUGCAGCGUGAAGAACUAAAAACGGUGGUUUGCUGUAUUGUGUUGUAUUUUUGUUACAUUGUUGAGCUAUUUUGACAAGCCAAGACUUGCUUACCUGUGCUCUGCUCCUAUCUGCUGGAAGUUCUACCAGCUGCCUAUCAGCAACGGAAGAACAGUCAGAAGAAGACUUCCAGCACUUGACUGUUGUCGUAUUGUGCUGCUAAAAGUGAGAAAAAGGGGCGGGGGCACAGAAAUGUCUUGCAGCUGACCUGCGACAGACGAGGUCGCUGCCGUCCCAACGAUUGCCCUGUGAAGCUGAAUGCCGCUGGGGGGAAAAAAGACGCUUUUCAAAUAUGACCGACAGUUUGAGAAAUGUCUUUGAAUUGAUGUUGGAUGUGUUCUCACCUGGCUGGCGUACAAUUACAGCUUGAAGACAAUAAAUGGGAAGCAACUC